AUGCUGAGCUGGCCAAUACCAGAUGACAUUCUGCUCGGACAUCUCACAUCAGUCGAUCCAACACUGGUACCCAAUCUGCGCACGAGUCUCUUGCUCUUCACCUCGUACUACAACGUGAUGGACAACAUUGGCUACCAGCGCUCUCCCUUCCUAUCCAACAAUCUCAAGCUGCUCUUUCAUCAUAGCGUGGACGUUUGCCAUGCAUUGCUGAGGUAUCUCGAACCGAUACUGAUCGAUGCGCUCGUCCCCUACUUGAUGAGGUACAACGAGAUAGCAAUUGAGUGCAACAUAUCGAAUGUGCGCUUCAGGUGGCAGACAGAGCAUGUGGACAUCAAGGUCGAGCAGUUCAACCAGAUGCUGCUGCGAAUCAGAUGUGUACUGAUGCGCAAGGAGUUUGACAACCCGAGGAUGUACGCCGUCGACCAUCUCUCGACUGCCAUCGACGCCAUGUCGUUGCAUCAUCGCUGA